UUUGCUGGCGGAGGAACCCGAGAUUUGCUACGCAUUAGUGGGAAAUUAACUGGUACCAUGUUCAAUGUAAGUUGGCAAGAGUGCCGGGAAGUAUCAGAGACUGGCGAGUAAAUGUUGCAUAGGUGACAGAUCUGUUCUGAGAGGUGCUGACAGGACACACGUGGGACGUCAAUAGCAUCUGGGCGACUGAUCAGAAGGCCAAUCGCGACCCGGGGAGACCGCAGGUCCAUAUUCCAACCUGGUUUACCUUGCCGGUACGGCAGAAUCUCUGCGUAGCAGCACUACCUAUCCGGAAUAAAAACCUCUGCUGGCAAUUUCAGAGGUCAUUAUCCAAUCGCACAAUCUCCCGAACAGUAAUCGAAGGACAGAGCAUUCAAUUAAAGCAUUCGAUCUGUUUAUCUGUUGCUUCACCCAAUAGAAUCAUAGGAAGCUGCGAAACUCUUACCCGAAUUGAUAACCUAUCUGUGCCUACCAUCCACUACUGGAGCAGACCUUUAUUAAAUUUACCAAUUUGCCGUAAUCGGAUUAUCAUCAGGGAAAAAAUUAAGUAAACAUAGUCGGUUUCGAUUUUCUCUUCACGCUUGCUGUAAUCGCUGGUACGGAAUACGGUCGAGUGAAGAAAACAGAGCGAAAGUGGAAAUAACUUUAAUUCACAGAUCAAACUUUAAUUCGUAAUGUCAUCGCCAACGGAACAAAUCUGCUACUGCUGAGGACUUUGAAUCCUAACUUUUCUCAAUUUCUUCAGAAUUUUAUAAUUUUUCAUAUACAUGGAUACUUACUGCUAAUCCCUAUGCAAGUUGAACUAUUACUGAUAUUAACGAUAUUUGACAAUUUUAGAGCCAGCAUACUUUUGAUCAAUUUCUGCAGCCAUUUAUAAUUUCGACAGACUGCAACUGGAUUUUAUACUGCUGAAAACCCAUGCAUUAAAGCUGAAGUUAGCUUUUCGUGAUUUUGAAGAUUUUGACAAUUUUCCAGACUUUUACAUACUUUGUCGUCAUGACUACGGCAGGGCCAUUUUAUAUCAAACAGGAGAAGGAGUUUGCGCAAGACCCGCGGAGUGCGGACCCACUCCGAGGUUGCCUGGACAACGGACUCAUGGUUGGUAACUCUCGAGCUCCCCAGCCACCCAUCAGCCAACAUUCUAUCGAUGAAAUUCUCGGCCGAAAAACGUCGUUAAUGCAAAAUGGACAGGGCACUGAAAACCAAACGCCACGUCAUAUGUCCGAAAAAUCCGAAUGCGAAAGCCCACUGUCUAACGAAACUUCCUCAACAGCUGAACUAUCGGACAGCGGGAAUAAACAAGACGCGGAUGAUGAUAAAGUCAGUGAAAGUGACAAGUGUACAGACUGUGUAAUACAACGAAAGAAAAGGCGUAACCGGACUACUUUCACUAGUUUUCAACUUGAGGAAAUGGAACGUGUUUUUCAGAAGACGCACUACCCGGAUGUGUAUACGCGCGAACAAUUAGCACUCAGAUGUGACCUUACAGAAGCGAGGGUUCAGGUAUGGUUUCAAAACAGACGAGCGAAGUGGCGCAAGAGGGAACGGUUCGGCCAACUCCAGUCGAUGAGGCACAUGUCAAGUUCUCCAGGAUAUGAGAUCCCGAUCACACCCCGACCUGGUUCGUAUUCUCAGAUCCAAUCUCCAUGGGGCCACAAGUCCACCGUCCCUUACACUACCUCACAGUCCUGCAUGGCGCCACAUUCGAACGUCCCAACUUUCAUGGGCCUAGCCCAAAUUGGCCAAAUCACAGCCAACAUGGCCAACAUGGCCAACAUGGCCAACAUGGCCAACAUGGCCAACAUGGCGGCAGCCAAUGGAAUGACCUCCGGAAUGACCUCCAGUAUGAUCCCUCCCAAUCCGCCAACGCAGCCGCCGCCGCCGCUGCCGCAGCCUACUUUUAGCUACAGACCCGGAAAUCCGGCGCCAACUUACGCCGCCGAGCCAUGCGUGGUUGAGGACACUGAUAGGCGGAGCUCGAGUAUAGCAUCGCUGCGUAUGAAAGCUAGAGAACAUAGUGCCGCCAUAGGGGUUUUGAGCCCGCAAUUUCGAUGACUUGUGUAUAGAAACAAAUAGACUUGGUGAACAUAAUGAAAACUUCGUUUUUUGAGGAAAUUUGGGGAAUAGGAUAUCUUCAAAUGGAAAUUUAGAUGUGCAAACGCAGAUGAAUUAUUUUUAUGUGUCGCACCCAUAUAGACUUGGGUUGAUAUGAAAUAUCAAUCUGUAGCAAAUGACAUCCCACUUCAAUCUAAUUUGAGGUGUAAUAAGAGUAGAAAUUAUUUUGAUACCUGACUGUCCGUAUUGGGUGUGCGUUUUGGUAAUGCAGGUUAUGAUUUUACAAACAUCAGUUGGCCUUUAGAAAUACCAGUGUCUUCCAGAUAGAUGGCCUGCUUUGGUUCUGGCAGCUUCAGACUUUUAGAAUGGUGCUUUCACUUUGUUUUGACCUACCGCACUACCAGUGGUACACACGGCAUGCGCACGCAUGCAGCCCAGCAUUUGGGCCAAAUCUGUGUGGUGACCGAAUAUUCAUGUCUGAAAUUGAUCCCGCAAUUUGUCAAUCAAAUCAAAAUUGAACUAUUCACGAAUUUGCUCAUGAUUUAAUCUACUGCAUGUACACUGUACAUGAAUAACUAUAAUACAAUGUGUUGUGUGAAAACAAUAGAAGGUCCUCUAUGCAGCGUUUUCACGGCCAUCCAGGUUGGAGUGUAGAACAAUGAUCUGUCAUGCCUGACGUAACUGAAUCAAAUGUUGUCACGGUCAUUCGGGCUUGAUUUCCUUUGUCUGUUCAACGAGCAUGGCCCACAGGAUAUCAAUAGUAAGUUCUGGAACAACUCACAAAAUCCGGAUAUAAUGUAUCACUCAAAAUAGUAUUUUUAUCAUAACCAUGUCCAAAAGAGGUAGGCUUAAGACGAACGGAAUAGUUUAUAAUAUGUUUUACAAAUGUAUGUAUUUUGAUAGGUGGUAAUAAUAAAUGUACAGUGUAACUGAUGCUA